UCGGAUGUCCACUAGAAUAACCAACUGCCAUAAGGAGGCAAUAUAUCCGAACCGAGAACACAACCCGCAUCCUAUAUCGGACUUCAACAUACCACUAAGCACUAUGACUAAAUCAUCCCAACCCCCUUAUUGAGCAUGCUACCGACUCAAGGGGUCUUUUGAUCGUUAUCAACGCUCAUGUGAAAAUUGAUCACUGACACACCCUAACGGAGCUGUAGGAUGUCUCCCACUCAGCCUGCGUCAAGUCCCGCAAUCCGGUCUGGGAAUCCUCGGGGAGAAUCAGCGACGGAACAAACACCGCUCCUCGAAGAACAAUACCCCAAUGCGACUACUGAUUCUCAGGAACACCAAGCCCUUCUAGAACAGGAACCCACGACAAAAGAAGUGAUCGUAAUAUUAGGAAGUGUGUGGGUGGGUGUCUUCUUGGCCGCCUUAGAUACGACUAUCGUUGCCACGCUAACCGGACCUAUCUCGUCGUCGUUCCACUCAUUCUCGCUACUUUCCUGGUUGGCGACCGGGUAUCUCAUUGCCAAUGCCGCCUUCCAACCGCUGAGCGGACGGCUGACUGACAUCUUCGGUCGACGUGCUGGCCUGAUAUUCUCCAAUGUCUUCUUCGCGGCUGGCAACUUGAUAUGCGGUGUGGCCAAAAGUGAGGGCACCAUGGUUCUAGGCCGUGUUAUUGCAGGGAUUGGGGGAGGUGGCCUCAACACCAUUGCAACGUUUGUCGCUUCCGACUUGGUGCCUCUCAGGAAGCGUGGAGUGUGGCAAGGUAUCGGUAAUAUCUGCUACGGAGCCGGAGGUGGACUGGGCGGCGUGUUCGGGGGGUGGAUUAAUGACACGCUGGGAUGGCGGUGGGCUUUCCUCAUCCAGGUCCCGUUUAUCGUAGUUUCAGGCAUUCUAGUUGCCGUCAAGCUGAACUUGCCUACAAAGCAAUCCGGGACGGCUAAAUUGAAACGAGUUGACUUCCUCGGGGUGAUCACGUUGGUCAUCACGCUCGUUCUCUUCCUUCUUGGGCUUAAUACGGGUGGGAACCAGCUUCCUUGGACACAUCCUUUGGUUAUCACGACCCUGCCUCUCUCCGCUGUGAGCUUGAUGAUUUUCGUUUAUAUCGAAGCGAACAUCGCGCCUGAGCCCAUCAUUCCUGUUCGAUUACUGCUUGACCGGACCGUCUUUUCUGCUUGCCUUACGAACUGGUUAGUCGUCAUGGCAGUGUAUGGCUUUAUUUUCUACUUGCCGCUGUUGUUUCAGGUCCAGGGCUCGUCCGCAACGGCUGCAGGCGUAAAGUUGAUUCCCCAGGCAAUUGGAACAUCGUUGGGUUCAUUGGGGUCAGGGAUACUGAUGCGCGCCAGUGGCAAGUACAAGUUGUACAACUUUGUAUCCGUGUCCCUCCUCACCAUCUCGAAUGCUCUUACCUGUACCCUAACCCUCACCUCCCCUGCUUGGUUGCCUUUCAUUUACUUCUUUCUCAUGGGGAUUGCCUAUGGCGCGAUUCUCACUGUCACUCUCAUUGCACUUGUGUCCGCCGUUGACCAUGAGCAUCAUGCCGUGGUCACGUCGGCAUCGUACGCAUUCCGCAGUACAGGAAGCACGAUUGGCAUCACCAUUGCUUCUGCGGUGUUCCAGAAUACCUUGAAAUCCGGACUCUGGGCCCGGUUUGGUGAUCGGGAUGAUGCCAAGAAGUUAAUCCCCCGAAUCAGGGACAGUCUUGAUGAACUUCGGACGCUGCCUCCCGACUGGAAACCGGGAGUUUUGGCGACGUAUAUGGAGUCUUUACGGGCUGUGUUCCUUACAUUACUAGGACUCAGUAUCUUAGGAGCGUUGGUCAGUUUGGCUAUGCGUGAACACAAAUUGCAUACGAAUCUGGCGCGAGCAGAGUCGCAGGACGCCGAUAGAGACGUCGAAUAAUAAGGUAUUAUGUAUGAGUAGGUAGUUUUGAAGAUAGAUGAGAGU